AUGAUAACUUCACCUUAAGAGAUGAGAAUAUUAUCGAAAAGAUUCUUUGGUAACAAGAUCAUAGAUUCCAUUGUACUCGAGGAGAUGAAAGAAUAAUAUUAAAAUAAAGAGAGGAUAGCAAGUAUCAUUUAGAGAUGCUAUCCUGAAAGUUACAAGUUAUAUUCAGACUUAGAUCCUUAGCUUUUAAGUAUCUUCGUUCAAUAUUUUUUGAACUAACUUAAUUUUGUGAUUGAAAAAAAGUAUAUAUUUUAGAGAGCGACAUGUUUGUUGGAAUUGAGUGUGCAUUUAUUCAAUAUUUCAUGGGAAAAAAGGUGGAACAGAGAAAAAUCAUUUGAAGAAUUCAAACAAAUAAUUGUUCGACAUUCAUUAUAUAGACCACCGCAUAAUGUUUAUAUAUUUAGUUUGGAGAACUUGAAAGAGAUUUCAUCGCAUUUUCUAUCUACAUUCUUUAGAUUCUAUAGAGCCUACUUCUUCACAUUCACUCCUUGGGUUGAUAUUGUAGUUACAACAUAUCAGAAACAUUAAAUUAAAAAGGAUGUGAAGGAUUUAGAGUUGGAGAAGUUGAGAUAAGAGGCAGAAUAAUAUAAUGAUCAGAUUGAUCCAGAAAUGAUGGAAUAAUUAAUGAGUGGCAAUUCAAUAUACUAGAUUCCAGAAAAAAAGAAGAGGGAAAUGUUAGAAUAAUAACAAUAGAAGGAAAAAUAAGAAAGAAUAGAUAGAGUGCUUAAAAAGAGAUUAGAAGAAUUGUAAUAAGUGUUUGAUUAAAAAAUCAAGGAACAGGAUGAGCAUUUCAUUAAGUUAGCUGAAGAUUUAAAAAACCCAAAAAAAAAAUGA